AUGGCGGACAACAGCAGCGUCCGCAUGGCCCCCAGUGCAGAUUUGGACACAGACUACCGUCUUUUAACCGUCUUGUUCCGUGCACUUGGUUUGUUCCGCAGAAGCCAGCUGGCUGUGGCCGAGCAUCGUCGCCGUGAUCGUUGGAUUGCUGACAGCUCGGCAGUGGACAGCAUGAUUGUCGAGAAGACCAUCCCGACCAGCCAACGUGCCAGCAGAAAGCAAGAGGAGCCAGGUCUGGAGCAAGAGGCAGCAGCUAUCGAACCCAAGCCAGCGAGGCAGGUUCAGAAGCCUGCGCCAGGCCCCCCGCUCACCACUCAUGACCAGCUCCGUUGGCUGCAAAUUCUGGCCGUGCGGAACUGUGCCAAUGCGGUGCUGAGCCAAGACCCUGCAGGUGAUCCUGACCGGCUCAGGCGGCAGAUCUGGGAGUACCUCGACGAUUGCCCCAACGUCAUUGUUACUGGGUGUGCAGACGGCAAGGCAAGGCUACACGAUGUGCGCUCCGGCCGCCAGCUGGUGAGCACCCGACAUGAUGCCACAAACCGCGAAGGAAUCAACUCCGUCUUGCUGACGCCUGGGCCGACCGGCCCGGUCUUACUGACCGGGGCCUGGGACGGUCGCUGGCAUGAGUGGGAUCUUUGGCCCACGAGGCCCGCCAAGCCUGCAGAGUUUCUUCGGGGAGAAUCGGGCGUUGGACAUGACAACCACGUACACGCUCUUGCUCUCAAUCAUGACUGCAACUACCUGGCCUGUGCCUGCUCUACAGGGCGAGUCCUGGUGUAUCGACGAAACUGCCCGACUCGAGAAAUUGAGCUGUUUGACGCUGACGACGUGGCUGACCUGAAAGAGUCUCUGAAGCUUGGAGAUCACGGUGAGUUUGUCGUACAGCGUCGCUUGGAACUCGCAGAGGGCGCCAUUAUCGUUGAGCCGCAGGAGCACCUUCUACCCGAAGCUUCCUUGGAGGGCUUCAAGAAGCGCUCGGACUUGGAUGCAGUCGAGUUGCCCGGACGCUUUCGCUUGCGGUUUGUGGGCUGCCUCACAAACGGAUAUCGCAAAGCCUGGCGUACCUUGGAGCACGGCGGUGCGGUCCACUGUCUCGUGUUGACACGAGAAGGCAGCAAAGAAUACCUAUUUUCGGGCUCACGUGAUCGCAUGGUCCGAAAAUGGUCGUUACUCGACGGGGAGCUGGAGCUCAUGCUAAGCGGGCAUUCGUCCAUGGUCCGCUGCCUUGCAGAGAACGCGAUCUACCUGGCAAGUGGCGGCGAUGAUCGCAGCAUUUGCAUUUGGCGGCGAGAUGAGAUUGCAAGCAAGCGCGGACAGGCAGAGUGCAGCAGCCGCAUCGUGAGCCAUACAGACUUUGUACGUGCAGUCGCACUUUGCAGCAGCUUCCCCGAACGGCUGCUGUCUGCAAGUGAUGACCAGCGAGUUAUGCUGUGGAAUCUCCGUACCAAAGAGAAGCUCCGCGAGUACCAGCACUCAUGCAGUGUUGCAGCUGUGGUGCUGAUGGGCCCUUUGCUGGCAACUGCCGGGGAGGACGGAAGACUUCGGAUUUGGCAGACUGAAUCUGCAGAGUUGCAGCACAGCUUGAAGCAUCCCCAGCGCCUCACAAGCGUGUCGUCGAUGCGGAUCCUCUGA